GAAAGCACCCUCAUGAACUACACGCCACCGUCUGAAUUCUACCUCUUUAGUCUUUCGGAUUCUCCAGCACUCCGCCUUCCUCUAUUUGUCCUUUUUCUCCUUAUCUACAAGAUUACCGCAUUUGGAAAUGUUGUGAUGCUAAGUGUUAUAAUCAUUGAUUCACACCUUCAUUCCCCGAUGUACCAGCUCUUGUGGAACUUCUCCCUCAUGGAUUUCUCCUUCUCUUCUACCACCGUGCCGGGCAUGUUGGCCACAGUGAUAACCCAGAAGAAUAAAAUUUCCUUCUCUAGGUGCAUCGCUCAGGUUUUUUUCUUCCACGCUUUUGGCAACAGUGAAAACUUACUGCUAGCUGUCAUGGCUUAUGACCGAUAUGCUGCUAUAUGCUGUCCAUUGAGAUACUCAACACUCAUGAACAGAAACACUUGUCUGGCCAUGUGCAUUAUAUGUUGCACAUUUGCCUCAGUGCAUGCCCUUCUUCAUGCCAUGGUAACAUCGUUCCUUAAGUUCUGUCCACUUGUAUACAUUCCACAUUUCUUCUGUGACAUACCACCCCUUCUGGAAGUCUCCUACUCCGACACAACAUUCAAUGAACUUCUCAUUUUUACGGAAGGCUCUCUGGUGGCUUUGGUUCCAUCACUUCUUACUAUACUUUCUUAUAUUCGAAUAACCAUCUCCAUUCUCCGCAUACACUCUUCUUCCGGUAGACAGAAGGCUUUCUCCACCUGUGCCUCCCAUCUUGCAGUCUUCUUUCUUUUCUCUGCCUCAGCGGUCUCCAUGUAUUUCAAACCUUCUUCCGUCUCCUCACCGCAAAAAAGCAAAUUUGUGACCCUCAUGUAUACAGCACUGACACCAAUGUUUAACCCAUACAUUUACUGCCUGAGAAAUAGUGACGUGAAGACGGCUGUGCGGAAAUGGUUAUACCAAAAGGACAAAAGUUGGGAGAACUCCAAAUAA